CGGUACAGUCGCUUUCUGUAGGUCGUUCCGGCAGAACGGAUCGGUAAGCGCGAACGGUAAUUGUCAAAUUCGGAAUCACGGUCGCUGCCCCGGGCGACUAAUCGAGUCCAAAAAUAUUUCCGUCCUCCCGCGAUCGGCGUUCGGCUCCUACUGUGAUAACAAAUUAUUUAAUUUUUUAAGACACUUUUAAAUUUAUUUUUAAUUUUGUGAAUUUCCUUUUCUGAUUUUAAUUUUUUUUUCUCUAUACAUUUUUUUGAAACUAAGUUUGCAAAUCAUAAUUUCAAAAGUGGCCUCCUGCCUAUCUUCAUGAAAUCCUGCAAGAGGCCCAAGAUCAAGUUGAAGUCGACUCUGUACCUGAGUGUGCUGUGUGUAAGUGUCGCGAUGCCCAGACUGUGAAGUAGGUGCCCCAACUUCAAGCUGGAUCCCGCAAACUUCGGUCUGUUCUCUCUGAGGUCUCCCGCCAUGGAUCUCUCCACGGCCUACCGCUACAAUCAGAACAUGAUGGAAUACUACACAUGUCAUGGCGGAGUCAAUCAACUGGGUGGCGUGUUCGUGAACGGCAGGCCCCUACCUGAUGUCGUCAGGCAGAGGAUAGUCGAACUGGCCCAUAACGGAGUCAGACCUUGUGAUAUAUCGAGACAACUGAGGGUCUCCCAUGGCUGUGUUUCAAAAAUUUUAUCGAGAUAUUACGAGACUGGGAGCUUCAAGGCGGGAGUGAUAGGAGGCAGCAAGCCCAAGGUAGCGACCGCUCCCGUGGUGGACGCCAUCGCUAACUACAAGCGAGAGAACCCCACCAUGUUCGCCUGGGAGAUCCGGGAUAGACUGCUAGCCGAGGGCAUCUGCAGCCAAGACAACGUCCCUUCCGUGUCCUCUAUCAACAGAAUCGUGAGGAACAAGGCUGCCGAGAAGGCUAAGCACGUGCAUCAGCAGCAGACGGCGGGAGCAGGCGCUGGAGUCAGCAGUAGCAGUAGUCCUCAGCAGCCCCCCAGCAGCGUCAGCGUCAUCACGCACGCCCCCAGCUCCCAGCAUGACCGUUACUCCAUCAACGGAAUCCUGGGUAUCCCGCACCCACAUCCUCACCAUCAGGACCCCAAUGGCAAUAGCAUCAAGAGGAAGCGGGACUUGGACCUCCAUCACCACUCUGACGAGAACAGAGAUCUGAAUGGCCACCCCGAGGAUGAUAUCAAGCGGCAGAGAACUCAGUACAACGGUGACCAACUCUACUCCAACCUAUGGACGGGGAAGUGGAGUAUCAAGGACGAGCACAAGCUACUGUCGGAGCUAGGGGGUGGCGCGGCCGGUACCAAUGGUGGUUCUCCAUACUACGACAACUCAACCGGCACCUUCAGCUCGCCCACCACCUCUGCUGACCUCUACGACAGCAUUAGCACCAUGUCUCAGGCCCAGGCCAACUCCCAUCUGUACAAUCCCCCCAUCGGCACGACGAUAGUGGGUGGAGUUCCCCCCCUAGCCCCCAUCAGCAUGCAGGAGAUCCACAAACUAGGUCCAGGGGCAGUUCUAGACCCUUCAUCUUUAUCACCUGUCCAAUACCACACAGAGAGUGGAGGCUAUCACCCUGGCAGCGAAGGUACAGGCUCUGCAUCCCCUGGACUGCCUCUGUCACUACAGGCAGACCCUGCUCCCGCCCCAUCGCCGCCGCCAGAUCCUUCGUCCCUUACGGUACUGCAGCCCCCGCCUGGCUCCUUCCAGCCCACCCCCGCCUUCACUCACCACUACACAGGGAGUGGAAGUGGGGUGUCAGACUACACAUACAGUUCACCGUACACGCAAUACACGACCAGUCCGUACGGCAGCUACAGCUACUCCACCGGUGCUGGCGGGUUGCUCAAUCCCUGUUAUUACUACGGCGGAAAUGGUGGCUCUGGAGUGGAGGUGUCCCAAAUGUUCCCACGGGAUGUCUGUGUGUCUGACAGUGUGUCUGUAGAGGCCCGGUCUCCCUUGGCCGCCACCCGUGCCAACAGUGGAGCCAGUGCCGCCUCUCCCAUCGGUACCGCCGCCUCCUGUAUAAACAUGAAGGUCGAGCCCUCUCCACUCGUCGCAUACCCAUAACCUCUUUCGUGUACUCAGAAACUGAGAUUCCAGUUAAUGAGAGAAUUGGAUUCAGACAAACAGAAUGACUUAUAAUAGUUUUCUAUCAUUCAUUGGCCAAACUUCCAAGGUCAAUAUGAAGCAUAUAGAGAUAAUCUCAAAUAUGUUUAAAAAUGAAUUAAUGUUAAUUUGUGAUAUAAAAUCUUAUCAAAGUUAAAUUUGAUUUUUAAAGACUUCUAAAAAUUUUAAAUUGUAAAGAAUAACAUGAUCUGAUCAGCGAACUGAGGUUAUGUACACAAGACUUGAUGAACAUUAUGGACACUGUCUGGAAGUGCUAUUAUGUGUUCAGGACAAUGGUGGUGAUGUUAGUGCUUGUGCAUAUCACCGUAACGUAACAUAAUGAAUCAAAUCAUCAUAUCCUUGACUACCACCGAACUCUCAAGACUAGAACACGGAUCAUCGAACUACCCAUUACAUUCUCGUCUUGCAAUAUCGUUUGCGAUCUCAAAAUUUAUUUUAUUUCUUAAGUGGUACAGCACAGAACAAACCAAAGAUGUCAAGUGUAAGAUAUAAGUAAGAUAUGUUCUAAAGUCAUCGUAAUAUUCUUUAAAUCUCGGGAAAUGUUGAGUUGGGUUUCAUCGAAACUGUUUUCAAGAGUUUGAGUACAUUAUUUUACUUUAUCAAGAUGUAACAGAUGAUUACUGAUUAUAUAAUUUAUGCUAAUUAUAAUAAGUAUAAUCAGAUAUAUAAUUACAUUAGUAGUUGUGUAGUUUCCAUACUUAAAAACUUCACAGUUCUUUUAUAUAAAUGCUACAUCAGCUGAAAAACUUAUUAUAUAUAUAUGUGUUAUUAAAUAAAAAAUAGUUACAAUUUUUAUGUCAAUUAAUCUGUUGAUAACAUAUUUGUAUACACAAUUCAACAUUUCCCAAAAGACGUAAAUAAAUAAUAUAUGUAUAUUAAAAUAAAUAUGGAAAUGAAACCAGUAUAUCGAAAAGAAAAUGUUUUAUUUAGUUAUAUUGUAUAAAAUAUAUUGAUGGAAUUUAAAUCACCAGCUAAAUAAAUGUAUAAAUUUAAUUUAUGUAUUUUAAAAUAUUUAAUUUAUUUAUUAUUAGAGCCACCAAAGAACGUUGUAGCCCAAGUUCACUACAGUGAUAUGUGAAUUAAACUUAACAAAAACUUAAGGAAAUCUGCUCAUGUAAUAUUAAUUUUGGAAAUCUAGAACACAAGUGCACUGGCUCACAACUUUGUUUUUGAAACGAAUCUGUACAGUUCAACUUCGCUAGCCGCACUUCGCACAUGCACCUAAGCACUUUAUAAACCAUUAGAAUUAUUUAGAUUUCAAUUAAUUUUUUAAUUCUCUUCUUAGUAUAAUUUGUUGUAAAUUUUAUUUCCCGCGUUUUAGCUGGAGGUUUUGCACAAAAUUUGUACAUUGUUAUUUAUAUAUAAAGCUUUUUAAAUAAUUAAUAAAACCAACUUUUAGUAAUUUAUUAUCGAUUUGAGUUCAUUUUCCAUAGGAGAUAAUAAAGUAGUAACAUUUAAUACAAGUAAAAUUACAUACAAUUCAGUUAAUUUAAAAGUAAUCACUAUUUUAGUUAAAAUAAAAAGACUGUAUUAUAAGAAAACUAAGAUGGUGUAUUUAGAUUUGAUGUAAAGUAUUUAUCUUUAUGAAUCAGUAAUUUAAUUGAGUGAAUGUUAUUGAUAUGUAAUCAAGCUAUGAACAAAUUGGCAAUAGUAUGAUUUAAGUGAACAUUUAAAAAUUGAAUCAUUUUCCUGUUAUGAAAAUGUAUUUUAAAAAUAUUGUUACUAUUAAAUAAUCUUAAAAAUACUUAUUUACUAAAAGUUGGUGAAAAGGUUGUGAGAGCUAUUAAUAGAAAUUAAUCUCAAAUUGAAAGUGAUUUUUCUAAUACAAAAGUUACAAACUUGUAAUUCCAGUCCACAAAAGUUCAUUGAAAAGGUCAUAAGUGCAAUUUUGUGAUGUCCAAGAUACUCUUGUCUUUUGGGUCCUAGUCAUAAUAGUAUGUACUGACUUUCCAAACCUUUCUUUGUUUUGCAAGUACGUGUUUCUGUGAACAAAUUCGAUAUAAUACACUAAGUUAUUUUAUAUGAUCUUCCCCAUUUACUACUUUACCAAAGAUAGAAGAAGAGAAUUAUGUUGUUGGUAAUAUUAAUUUACUUGUACUGCAUUUUAGGCAUUUUUAAGUUUAACAAUAAAAUUGUAACAUUGAAGUGAAUUCCUACAACUAUUUGAAUGUAAUACAGAUUUAUUUGUAGAAUAUAAAUUGAUAAGUUGUUUCUUUA